GAGAGAGAGAGAGAGAGAGAGAGAGAGAGAGCAGGAGGAGGAGGAGGAGGACAGCCAUUACCAUUCAGGAUCUCUCUCCAUUCUCAUCUAACCGCUGGAGAGGCGGCGAAACGUUUGGAAUAAGAGUGGAAACAGAAAGCUGGUUGGAGGGAGGAGGAAACAUCAAUCCAUCCACCUCAUCCAUCCGGCUGCGCUCGCUCUGCGCUCGGCUCCAGGACCGCUGCUGCCCCGGUGAAGCAGCCUCAAAGUGAGAUGGAGUCGUCAGACGAUGACACCCUUAGCGAACGCUCCUGCGUCAGCGAGCCGUCCUUCCGGACCGAGCGCUCCGGCGGGUCGUUGUCUCCCUGCACUUCGGGACUCGUGGGGCCACCAGGGGACACUUUACCGUGGAAUCUGUCCAAGCAUGAGAGGAGGAAAAGGAAGAGCCAGGACUCGGUGCUGGACCCGGCAGAGAGGGCGGUGGUGCGUGUUGCAGAUGAACGCGACCGGGUGCAGAAGAAAACCUUCACAAAGUGGGUCAACAAACAUCUCAUUAAGGUAAUUUAUCCUGAACUCAUCCGGGACGCUCAGCAGUUUCUCGCCAGAGCACAAGACGGGAGCCUACUCGAGAACUCGGGAGAACUUCACGACCGGGAGCAGCUCAAAGCGGGUCAGCGCAGGAUUGUUUGGACCCAGGAGGCUCUGGAAGACCUCAGAACCUCCCAGACCUUCCAGAACUCAGUGCUGGUUCUGGGCGGCGCUGCAGUCGGAGCGGUUUGGAGCGUUUGGACCUCUGAGUCGAUCAUGAUCCGGUUCUACAGAUGA